AUGGGUGUCCCUUUCGAAGCUCUCCUUCCAUAUGGAAUCAUGCUUGCCAUGUUCGGCAUUACUGGUGCUGGAAUGUCUGGAGUUAGAGCUUUGCAAAAUGGUGGAAAGAGAGCCAGACAUUCUGUAGAUGCCUGGGACAGACAAAGUAACCUCUAUCCUCGGGACUCUGCACUCUUAUUGAUGGACCGUGAUAGAAGGUUGACCGGAUUCCUUCGAGGGCAAACCGACAACCCAAGUGCUCCUCUGGGAUUCGAGUUGAAUAACCCAUGGAGACUCGAGAAGAGAUUCAUCUAG